AUGCCCGCUAGGAAAUUCCCAUCUCGACAUCUGCAUACCUUGAAAACACACAAUGCCCCCGUCAACGCGGUGACCUUCUCCAGCUACCCUGGCACAUACAUUCUCACAGGCUCCUCCGACCGCGCUAUCCACUUGUCGCGUGCUGUCCCGAAUAAUGCUGAAAGUUCCACGCAGCCAGUGGAAACCAUAUCCCCGAUUCAGCGUUACGAGGCACAUGGCUACUCCGUCCUCGACGUGGCUGUUGCUGCAGACAAUGCGCGAUUCGCCAGCGUAGGAGGGGACCGUCAGGUCUUCCUGUGGGAUGUCGAACAAGGGAGUACAACCAGACGGUGGACUGGGCAUAAUAGUCGAGUUGAGGCGGUGCAAUUCGCGGGCGAGGGUGAUUCGGUGGUUGUCACUGGUAGUGCAGACACUACGGUAAAUCUCUGGGACACCCGUUCCAAAGACUACAAGCCGAUCCAGUCCCUAACCGAAGCAAGCGACACUGUUUCAUGCCUACACGUUCAUAUGCCGUCAUAUUCUAUUGCCAGCGGUAGCUACGACGGCCAUGUGCGAGUAUACGAUGUCCGUAUGGGUAGAACAACCGAUGAUGUUCUCGCGCACCCAGUAACGAGUAUUCGGUGCUCGGCAGAUGGGAAUGUACUUCUUGCUUCUACUCUGGACAGUUACAUCCGGAUGCUGGAUCGCUCGAAUGGAAACCUUCUUGCAGCUUUUGGUGGCCCAGAAAAAGAGCAAGACUCUUUUUCUCAUUCUACUAAGCCUCGUCAUACUUACCGCAACGCUGAAUUGCGAGUCCGCUCUGUUUUUGCGCAGGGCGAUGGAGUGGUUCUCAGUGGCAGUGAAGCUCCAAAGAAUGAAACUGGCCUCGGUGCCGCGGUCUUUGCCUGGGAUAUACUCAGUGGAGAGGCCGUUGCAACAAUACCAAUGGACGAAAAAGUCAAGGUAGUGAGUUGUGUGGCCUGGAAUCCAAGUGGCCAUUGGGCCGGGGGAUGCUCAGACGGUACUGUUCGCGUCUUUGGGUAG